GUAAAAUGGCAAUUGUCAAGAAGAAGAAGGUGUCCGCUGCCUCAAAAGCUGCUACAGAGAAGCCAGAAGUUAAGAAAGCCGUUAAAAGACCUGUUGCAGAAACCGAGGCAGUGACUCCAAAGAAGAAGAAGCUAGUGAAAAAGGUGAAGAAAUCGGCGAAAAAGGCUCAUGAGGAGGAACCAAUCGAGCAGGUCGAGAAGCUGCAGCUUAUCGACGAUGACGAGGACGGCCUGGAAGGUCUCAGCUUCCCAGGAAGUGACGAUGAAGAUCUCAGAGAUGACUAUUCCGAUGAUGAUUCCGACGCCGGAGAUCAUCUGCCAAUCGAGAAAAAAUCCGCGGCUCUCGACAAGCAGAAGGAGAAGAUUAUCGCUGAAGGAGAGGAAGAGUUGCAGCUAAACAUCGCAAAUCAAGCGACUUUCGAGCUUCCAACCGUCGAGGAGAUUGAAAAUGAGAUGAAAUCCGUGCCAAACUUGGAAAUUGUGAAGCAGCGUAUUGCCGACGUCAUCCAGGUUCUUGGAGACUUCAAGAAUCGCCGAGAUCCACAGAAAUCGCGUGAAAACUAUGUAGAAGUGCUGAAGAAGGAUCUAUGCUCACAGUAUGGAUACAAUGACUAUUUAAUGGGAAAAUUCAUGGAUUUAUUCCCAAAUGGAGCGGAGCUAUUGGAGUUUUUGGAGGCUAACGACAAUCCGAGACCAGUAACCAUUAGAGCCAACUCGCUCAAGGUUAAACGUCGUGACCUCGCUAAGAACCUCAUCAACCGUGGAAUGAACGUGGAUCCAGCCGCCGAUUGGACUAAAGUUGGACUCGUUGUCUAUGAUUCUCAGGUCCCAGUUGGAGCAACUCCCGAAUACUUGGCCGGACAUUAUAUGAUUCAAGGACUCAAUUCACUGCUGCCAGUGAUGGCCUUGGCUCCACAACCAGGAGAUCGUGUAUUGGAUAUGUGUUCUGCUCCUGGAGGAAAAACCAGUCAUAUUGCUGCUCUUAUGAAGAAUAGCGGAGUUUUGUUCGCUAACGACGCGAAUUUCACCCGUUGCCGUGCUAUCAUUGGAAAUCUCCAUCGCCUCGGAGUCAACAAUACCGUCGUUUGUAAUCUGGGAGGAGAAGAGUUCUCGAAAAUCCGUCCGAAUGGUUUUGAUCGUAUUCUUUUGGAUGCACCAUGCUCUGGAACUGGAGUUAUUUGGAAGGAUCAAUCGGUUAAAACAUCCAAAGAUUCACAGGAUGUUCAGAGACGUCAUACUAUGCAAAGACAGCUGAUUCUCUCUGCUUUGGACUCGUUGGACGCUAAUUCUCCGAAUGGAGGAUAUCUCGUGUACUCCACGUGCUCUGUACUCGUCGAGGAAAACGAAGCCGUCGUCAAUUUCCUUCUGGAACGUCGUCACUGUGAACUUGUUCCAACUGGAUUAUCGAUUGGUGUGGAUGGAUAUACACGAUUCCGUGAUUAUCGUUUCCAUCCGUCACUUUCAAUGACUAAACGCUAUUAUCCACAUGUUCAUAAUAUUGAUGGAUUCUACGUGGCAAAGAUCAAGAAGUUGUCUAAUGCGAAAAUGAGCAAGCAGGGUGUCAUGGAGAAAGAAAAGGAAAAGGCCGCCCAAAAAUCGCAGAACAAGAAGAAUAAGGCUGAAGCUGAGGCUUCUGAGUCUUCAGAUGAUGAAGAGGAGAAGAAGAAUGGUGUAGAGGUUAAUGGACAGAAGAAGCCAGCGAAAAAGCAGCAGCAAAAGAAGCAAAAAGCCGAUGGUGAUGACUCGGAUGAUGAUAAUAAUGCUCCAAUGAAAAACAUUGGCUCCGGAGCUCGUGCGAACAAGAAGCGUCGUAAUCAGAAGAAGGCAGCCGAGAAGCAGGCCGCUGUCAAGGAGGAUGACGGUUUCAAUACGGUUGGAAACGUGAAACGCGCCAAAAAACCGACCCAAUUCAAGUCAAAAGUGCCAAAACGUGCGGCCGCCCGUACCGGAGCAAAAUCGGUGAAAAAUCGUCGAAAGAAGAUGUUGGCCAAGCAACAAUAGGCUCAUUUUCCUCAAAAUUUGGCUUUUUUUUUUAAUUUUUCGACGAAAAAUAUCCAAAUUCGCCUGAAAUUCACCAAUUUUUCGUUGAUUUUAUUCUAUUUUUUGCCCCUUUUUUGUUGUUUUUACAUUGUUUUUCGUUAUUUUUUUUGUUCCAAUUAUUCCCAUCAUUGUUAAACUUUUUUAUAUAUCCGUCGUUUUUAUUCCAAAA